AAACGCAUUUGAAGAAAAUUUUGGAGGAAGGCUGCACUGGUGGUUGGAUAUCCGAGAAAAUGAGGGAUGCGAUGUACGUGGAAUAUCCGCUUUGGCCUAUAGUGAAAACGGACAGAGAAUUGACUGCGGUAAACUCAAAAAGGAUUCGGUUUGGCCAUAGGAGAAACAAGAACCUUAAGGAGCUACUGUCAUCCGCAGAUCCGGUAAAUAAAUAUGAUAACAAUCAGAGGGGUGUACAAAAAAUGGGCUCAUUUCAAUGUGGUAACUGCGUAAUGUGUAAUACACUGAUUCUGGGGAAAACAUUUUUCCACCCACACACUGGGAAGCCAUAUGAUAUAAAGCACAGACUUACCUGCACAUCCCGAAAUGUGAUUUAUAUAAUUAAAUGCCCCUGCGGUCUUAUAUACUGCGGGAAGACUAAUAGACAAUUACGUGAAAGGAUUAGUAUGCAUCGUUCAACAAUCCGGGCAGCAUUGGAACCUAAACCAAAGAAAAAUGUCAAACAGGAUAUAUCUAAACAACCAGUAGCCCAACACUGGCUACAAGCUAAACAUCCUGCCUCUUCUUUUAAAUGUAUGCCUAUCGACUGUAUCCAGGAUACCCCAAGAGGAGGGAACACAGACCGUAUGUUGCUCCAGAGGGAGGCAUUCUGGACAUAUGAACUGGACUGCGUGGCUCCAAGGGGCCUAAAUACGGCAUUGCAGUUAAAUUGUUUUGUAGCCACAGGAUAAGUAGAUAGACUAUAGUAAUUGAUCAGUAUGGCUUAUAUACUCCGUGGACAUGUUCAUAUAAUCAUAUAUUAUGGAUCAGUUGGAUUGGAGACAUAUAGUGAAAUAUAAAAAUAUAAAAAUAUAAAAAUAUAAAAGUAAAGUAAACUAAAUCAAAUUAAUAUGAACAUAAUUCACUGAGGGGUCUCGAGCCAUGACAGACUAGAUACAGAUGUUUAUAAUAUUUAUAAUAUUUUAAAUUCUUUUUGCACCUUGCACUCUGCACUUUAUAUACACAGGACUCACAACAAAUAACUGUUAUUUAGAGCUUUUUAUGUAUUCUAACAUUUUAUAUAAUAUUAUAACUGUAUCUUAAUCACCCUUAUUAAUGAUAUGUGGGAAUUUUUGUAUAUCAGAUCAUAAGCUUUUAAUGUUCUUAAAACUGCACUGAUCACUUUAAUAGGGUGAUGUCACUUCCUUAAUUGUUUGUUCACUAUUGGCUAUAUAAACUUGUUGUAAUGGGAGGCAUAGUUGCCUUGAGAAAGGUCCCUGAGAGGACCGAAACGUCACGUUGGCUAAAUAUGCACAUAUGAAUACAUUUCUUUUUCACUGAAAUCCUGGUGUUGCUGGUCAUUUUUUGGUCUACAUAAAAUCCCUUACCGG